GUUUUUUGGGGUUAAUUACUGAGGAGAAAGAAGAAAUUAAUCGUCAGCGAUUUUCUGGUGUUCUUCUCAUUAAGCAGAACUUGCGGAUUCCUCCUGGAUAGUUUAACUCGCAGAUUCGCAGGCCGUGAAAUAUGGAUAGUGUGAGAAGAAACGCUUCGAAGCAAGGACGAGAUGAGACAAGGAGCACGACGUAUGGCGUUGAUAGAACUGCUAGAAGAGAUAAUUCUGGUUUACAAGAUAGUGGAGACAAAAGAAACCGUAAACAUGGGGUUACUCGUCUCGUACCAGGUGAUGAAGAGUCGGAAGUUUUGCUUGGUCAGCUCUUUGAGGACUUUCUGUUGUCUGGGAACGUUGAUGGGUCCUUGGAGAAGCUUAGCCAAUCUGGUGCAUUUGAUAGAGGUGGAGAGACCAACGUUUUUGCUCGCAAGAGCAAAUCUAUAGUCGACACGUUAGCCAAGCAUUGGACAACCACUAGAGGCGCUGAGAUUGUAGCUAUGACUGUUAUAUCUUCACAAUUGGUCGAGAAACAACAGAAGCAUGAGAAGUUUCUACACUUUCUUGCUCUAUCCAAAUGCCAUGAGGAGCUGUGUUCUAGGCAAAGAGAAUCUUUGCAAAUUAUCCUGGAAAAUGGUGAAAAACUUGCUGCAAUGAUCCAACUCCGGGAACUGCAGAAUUUUAUCAACCAGAGCCGCUCAGCCAGAUUUGGAUCGUCGAGUACUGGCACUGAGGAUCAAGUUUCAUGUGCCCUUUGGGAUCUUAUUCAAUUUGUAGGGGAGAGAGCCCGUCAAAAUACAGUUCUUUUGAUGGAUAGAGAUAAUGCUGAAGUUUUUUACAGCAAGGUAUCUGAAAUUGAGGAAGUAUUUCAUUGCCUGAGCAGGCAACUAGAAUACAUAAUCAGAGAUGAAGAGCCACUAGGAGUUCAAGUUCAGAGAGCCUGUGAACUCUCAAACGCAUGUGUUACCAUUCUUCGGACUGCCUUGGAUUACAAAAAUGAGCACCAGAUGUGGUAUCCACCUCUUGAAGGCUUAAUACCAUGGCACUCUCGACCUCUUGUAUGUGAUGGACUGUGGUGCAUUGCGUCCUUUAUGCGUCGUCUGUUAACUGAAGGAUCUAGGAUUGAUAUCUCUGCUAAAUCAGAUAUAUACAUGCAUCUCGAAGUGCUAACUGAAGUCUUACUCGAGGCUUAUGCCGGUUCUACCACUGCUAAAUUGGAGCGAGAAGAAGAGAACAAAGGUUUUCUUGAUGAGUACUGGACUAGGCGGGAUACCAUUUUCGACUGUCUUUACCAACAAGCUAAAGAGUUUAUGGAAGCAGAUUUCCAGGGCGUCACAGAAAGAACAGAUGAAGACAUCUUCAGAAACCGUUGUUCAAAUUUGCUUUCCAUUGCUAAGCGACAUGCAGGCUAUAAGAUCAUGUGGAGGAUAUGUUAUGAUCUCAAUGAUACGGGGCUACUCAGAAACUUAAUGCACGAAGGUGUGGGACCACAAGGAGGGUUCAGUUACUUUGUGUUCCAGCAAUUCUAUGACAUGAAACAGUUCUCUAAGCUUCUACGGCUUGGAGAAGAAUUCCAAGACGAGCUAUUGAUGUUUCUAAGCCGCCACUCUGAUCUACUUUGGCUUCAUAAGGUGUUUCUUCAUCAGUUCUCAUCCGCUUCCGACACUCUUCACGCGUUGGCUCUAGCACAAGGUGAAGAGUCUAUGACAACUGCUGAUGAAAGAACGGUGUCAGAAUCCGAAGAUGUACAACCAACAUUUGCAGACCGCAAGCGGUUCUUGAACCUUUCAAAGAUAGCCUAUGUGGCAGAUAAGGAUGCUGAUUCCAAAUCAAAAGUGAAGCGCAUUGAAGCUGACCUCAAGUUACUGAAGCUGCAGGAAGAGAUAACUAAAGCUAUUCCAAGCAAAGACGGAACCAGAAACCGGCUGUUUCGACCGGAGGAGCUCAUUGAAGUCUGUCUCAGUAUCCAGGGACGAUGGACGGCCGUAAAGGCCUUCGAGGUGUUUGCAUGGACGAGCUGUUCGUUCCGGGAGAACCAUAGGAGUCUCUUGGAAGAAUGCUGGAGAAACGCGGCGGAUCAAGACGACUGGGACAGGCUCCAUCAAGCCGCUACUAGUGAAGGUUGGAGCGACAAGGAAACGUUACAGAACCUAAGGAACACGGCGCUUUUCCAGGCUUCGAAAACGUGUUAUGGACCAAACCGAGUCAACAACACUUUUGAUGGGGACUUUGCACAAGUCCUUCCCUUGAGACGAGAGAGCCCCGAGAAGAAUGUAACAACUUCUUCUGUAGAGGAUGUGUUGAUGAACCACAAAGAUUUCGCUGAGGCUGGGAAGCUAAUGCUAACUGCGAUCAUGCUGGUCUGUGUAGAAGAAGAGGGUAUCACAGCAGAAGAUGAAUUCUCAUCUCCAAUGGAGUAGUUAAAUUUUGUUUUUUUUAGUAAAAAAUUGGCAGUGUAAUCUGAUUUUGAGUUGAAGAUUUGUUCGGUUUUAAUGAGUUAAUUGGUCUUGGAUAAGAUGUUAUAAGAUUUUGAGUAUUUAUAUUCAAAUCUACCAAAAUGAAACUUUUUUUUGCUGAAA